GUUCAGCGAUUCAAUCGAAAGUUGUCGGAGAAGAACGUGAGCGUUCUCUGUCGAUUACGUUCAUAUCUUUUUGCUUUUCUUCUUUUUGUUUCAGUAUAUACUAUUCGUUUCUCUAUCUUUUUAUUUCUUUUAAUCAUUUUAUUCUCUUCUGAUUAUUACGAAAGAUAAGAAGCAUUGUUAAAUCGUGUUUUCACGCAAGCUGUUCGUCUAUUCUUAUCUCUUUCUUUUGAAUUUGUCUUUACGUGACUAUUUAUUACUUCUGACAUUUAAUCAUAAUAAUUAUAAGGUUGAGGAAGGAUUAGAUAGGUGCACUAAGAAUCUUUGUAAAGUACGAAUACAAAAAACAGAAGACUUACCGAAAUCAAAUUUGAUAGAAUUUAAUUCGUCAGAAAAUAUGAAGACGAUAUGGGUGAUUGGUGGUCCUGGAUGUGGAAAGGGAACGCAAUGCGAUCGUAUAAUCAAAAAAUAUGGAUUUUUACAUUUAAGUAGCGGUGAUCUUUUGCGAGAUGAAGUAGCAAGCGGUAGCCCUAGAGGAGCUUCGCUUCAAGAAUUAAUGUCCAAGGGCUUAUUCGUACCAACGGAUAUCGUGUUGGAACUUAUAAAGGAAAAGAUGGAAAAAGCAAGUACCGAAGGUACUACGAAAACAGGUUUCCUUAUCGAUGGAUAUCCUCGUGAAUUGGAACAAGGGAUCCUUUUUGAAAAAAAUGUUUGUCCAGUUGAUCUCAUCUUAUUUUUUGAUGUAUCUAACGAAACAAUGACUAAAAGGCUUCUCGGCCGUGCCGAAGUAUCUCAAAGAGCUGACGAUAACGCUGAGACCAUCAAGAAAAGAAUCGAGAUAUUUAACGAAAAGAAUGACAAAAUUGUAGAACAUUACAAGGACAAACUUGUUAGGAUUAACGCCGAAGGAAGCGUCGAUGAAAUAUUCGAUGAAGUUUGUAAAGCGCUCGAUCGUUUGUUGGCUUAAUGUUUUGGCAAAGCACACAACCCUGUGAUCUUUUCUCAAGCAUAGCCUAAUUGUCUGUC